ACACAGCGCUCCUGGCACAGCCUGGCCCAGAGCGGGGAGCGAGGCGCGCGGAUCGGGCCGUGGCACGGGGCGGCAGCGGACUCGGAGCCAGAAGCUAGAGCCUGGAAUUGCGCUGAGCAGUCCCCACCAUGUGUGAGACAGGCACGAUGCCUCCUGAACCAUCCAGCCCAGGACCCUAUGAUGGGGAGUCUUCAGACACAUAUCUCCAGGUGGAUCGCUGGCAGAGACUACGCACAGCUGUCCGGAGGUUGGAAUUCUGGGAGAACUUUGAUGCUGAACUUAUUGGGAGUGGCUUCUUCUCUCAGGUCUACAAGGUGACCCAAAGUGCGACCUGCAAGGUGAUGGUGGUGAAGAUCUAUAAGAAUGAUGUGGACCAAAUGGUCAUCCUGAGGGAGAUCAGCUUGCUGCAGAAACUGUCCCACCCCAACAUUGUCAGGUACCUCGGCAUCUGUGUGAGGGAUGAGAAGCUGUAUCCGAUCCUGGAGUAUGUAAAUGGUGGUUGCUUGGAAGAAUUGCUGUCCCGAGCUGAGGUACCUCUGAGCUGGAAGGAGAAGGUCGCUCUGGCCUGUGACAUUACCAGGGGCAUGGUGUAUCUACACUCCAAGAAUAUUUAUCAUCGGGACCUAAACUCCAAAAACUGCCUGAUCCGCGUUACACCUCGGGGCCGGGAGGCCCUGGUUACUGAUUUUGGCCUGGCUCGGGAAGUGGUGGAGAUGCCUGCCUCAGACCCUGAGAGGAAGCUGUCCCUGGUGGGCUCUGCCUUCUGGAUGGCCCCUGAGAUGCUCCGGGGGGAGCCAUAUGACCGGAAGGUAGAUGUGUUCUCAUUUGGCAUCGUCCUUUGUGAGAUCCUGGGUCGGAUUCCGGCUGACCCUGAGGUUCUUCCCCGGACACAGGACUACGGACUAGAUGUGGCUGCAUUCCAAGGGAUGGUCAGUGAGUGCCCCUCACGUAUCCUAGAUUUGGCUGCCAGCUGCUGCCGGUUGGAAGCUCUGAAGCGCCCAUCCUUCACUGAGCUCCUUGAAGAACUGGAGGAGAUGGCUGAGAUGCUGGACCCCCAAACAGCCAGUUAGCUUUUGGGGUAUGAACCUCGGUGCCUGCUCCCACCUGGCCCUCCUGUAGGGACAGACAGGGCUUCCCUACGUGACUGAGCCAUAAGCAGAUCCAGACGGGGACAGUUCCCUGCCUCAGCCUCCGUGGACUUAUUUGCGCUUGAGCCGCUGGCUGCUUUCUCAGAAGACUUGGUGACAAAGAGAGUUCAGCAGAUAAUACAAGAGAGUUAUUGCAGAAAUAACUCAGAGGGGAACAUUUUGUGGGCUCUUUUGAGGCAAAAGACUUAAAGACUUGUUUGUAAUGUAACUAAGCAGAAGUGAUCACAGGAUGGAUGGAGAUGGUCAGAUGCCAGAACUCUACUUUCCCCUGUGGGUUCCAUCCUGGGCACCCUGGAACCCCUCCAAACUAGUAUGGUAACCAAGGGCCAACACUCCUUUCGGGGAAGGAGAGGUUACUAGGCCAGAGCUGAAAGUCGGUCAAGGGCAGGAGCUGAGAGUCGAGAGUCUCCGGCCAGUUCCUUCCAUAGCUUCACCAGCUACCUUCUAACCCUGGAGAGAUGUCCACCCUGGGUCCCUGAUUGGUGACUUCCUCUUCUGGACCACUAUGUCAAGAAAAGCCUCAGCUCUGCCUCUCUGGACAGCUCCUCUUAUCCCUCCUCACCAGUACCCUUUCUUUCUCUUCUCUCUUUCUCCUCUCCUCCCUUCUGGAACCAUGAGCCAUGAUUAGAUUAACUUUGGCAGUGUUCUUGCUCAAUUGACUCCUCCAGACCCCACUCAUGAUCUCUCUAACCUUCCCACCUAAGUGACCUUUCCUAUCUACCACACUCCUUUGUGUGCUGUCUCUUCUGCUAGAAUGUAAGAUCACUGAGGCCAGGGACUGUCUUUAUUUUUUGUAUUGGUAUCUCAGCCACUUAAAUGAAUGAAUGAUGGACAGGUAGGUGGGGAGUUAGGACAAACGGCUCCUGAGCAAUGGGAGAAGAGCGACUAGAUCCGUAGGCAUCAUCUCAAGGUCAAAAGCAUUUCUUGUCUCUUCUGACUCUUUGGGAGGCCCAUCCCCCAAUGAUCAAAGGCCCGAGGCCAUAGGUCCCAAACCUGACCCCUUAGGCCUGUCCAUGAGGAAGCCAAGAGGACUGCAGGGAGGAGGCGAUCUGUCUAAAAACCCAAAUUCCACCCCCCCCCCCUUUGACUUGGGUGCUUUCCUGGGAAGAAGUGGCUGUAGAAUCUGGAGAUGAGCUUUAUGGAGCCUGGAAUCAUCUCACUGCUACAGAGGAUAAGCCCAGCCAGCUCAGAAACCUUUCUUAUGGGUGUCAAGAACAUGAUUUUCUCUCCCCAGGAUUUACACAUGCCCACAGAUGGACGUUACAAGACACUGUGUCCUAACAUCCUCUAUCUAGGUGUCUCAUUCCUUUGUCUAGGUCUCAUCUCAUUCCAUCAGUGUGUCUCUGGGAGGAGGUGCUUUCAUAAGCAAAACCCCAGCGGCCUGACCACCCAGAGGCCUAAGUACGUGGGUGAGCGUCUAAUGCUUGUUUACAUGUGGCUGCUUCUUCCUCCCCCUGUACUUUCUGCAGAGCAAAAUAGUUUUCAACGCUGUGAAUUGUUUUUCCCAGUGCUGUCACCUUGAAAACCCCAGCUAGUUUUCUUCAUGGGACUGUGAAGCUGGAAUGGGUAAAGGGCAUCCAAACAGACCAGGGGCCAUGUGGGGAGCAUAAAGCAGGAAGCCUGGCUAGCAAGCUUCUCUCUGUCUAGCUGGGUGAAUUUGAAGAAGUCACUUAAAACUCUCUGGGCCUUAUUUUCUACAUGGGAUUAAGAGGGGCCUGCCAAAGUUUCUCCAAACAUUCUAGAUAAGAUGCCUUGUUGCCAUGGAUGGGGAGUCUUUACAGGAACCACCUGGGUGGUUGGACAACAUCCUUGUACCCCUUUGAGGUUGGGUCCUGGAUAGGGCUGAGGAUAGGGGAGAAUUCUAUGAAUCCAUGGCUCUUGGUUGUCUAACAUAGUCACCAGAUGGCUUGAGGGGGGAGGAAGGAUGGCUUGGGCAAGGUCAGGAACAUGUGCAAACACAGCAUGUACUCCAAAACUGCUUCGGCUCUGCUCCUCUGACCUAAGGUCCCAGGAAAUGUCUUACUAAAUAAAGGAAAUAAAGCUUGUUGAAUUUGAU